AUGAUCCAAGGGCUGGAGAACCUCCUGUACUAGGACAGGCUGAGAGAGCUGGAGUUGUUCAGCGUGGAGAAGAGAAGGCUCUGGGGAGACCUUAGAGCAGCCUCCCAGUGCUUAAAGAGGGCUGAUUAGAAAGAUGGGGAAGGACUUUUUAGUGGGAUCUGGAGUGAAAGGACAAGAGGGAACAGUUUUAAACUAAAUGAGGGGAGAUUGAGACAUGACAUAAAGCAGAGAUUGUUUAUGCAGAGGGUGGUGAGGCCCUGGCCCAGGUUGCCCAGAGAAGUCAUGGCUGCCUCACCCCUGGAAACACUCAAGGCCAAGUUGGAUGAGGCUUUGAGCAACUGGAUCUGGCUGAUGAUAUCUCUGCCCACUGCAGGGGUUGGACUGGAUGGGCUUAAUGUUCCUUUCUCACCCAAACCAGUCUCUGACUUGAUGAUCUGGAAGGCAAGAGGAGCAGGACAGGGAGGUUUCCAGCCCCAAGCCCCAUGUGCUGCCCAGCCUCUGCUGCCCUUCACCCUGGGCUCAGGCACCUCACUGGUGCUGGACGGCCACCCCAAGCACCCCUGUGCAGAGUGCAGGAUGUGAUUUUGGGGCCUUGAGCGGGUGUCUGGGACGCUGUUGCUGCUUUCUGAGCUACCUGGCUCAGCUCCAGCAUAGGCAGCAGCCCCUAAGUUUCUCUUUCACACUGCUGCAAGACAAUGGCCUGAUUUCCAAGAAAGGAAGGACCUCCUCGCUAUCAUCAGAAAGCAGCAGCCCACCCAAGCAACGGGGACUCUAUAAAGAGAGGUUUUGGGCUGGGCUGACACCAGCCUGGAGCUGCUGCGCACCACCAGCCAUGGGUUCACAGGAUGAUGUUCCAGAGGAUGACAAGGCGUUUCAUGCUAAAAAACUACUAGCCAAGGCAUGUGAGAAAGAAGGACUGGAUGAUAGAUACUGGGUCCUCAAACUGUCGGAAAUACUGGGAGUCAAGUCUGUAGAAGCCCUGAAGCAUCUGCAAUAUGAAGACUACCUUAAGCUGGAGUGCCACGUACGGCAGCCUUGGGAAGCAAAGGCACUCCAAAAACUCCUGGAAAUAAUGGACAAAAAAGCAACUUUUGAAGAGCAGCAGAAGGAGCGCUUGGAGAUGGCAAAGCAGAGACAAGAAGAGGCCAAGCUAGCUCUGAAGGAACUGAAAGAAAUGCAUGCCAGCCACAGCCACAGCAAGGAUGCUAUAAGAAAGAAAGAGGAGGCUCUGUGGCAAGCUUUAGAGAUUCCCAAAGAGUACUGGUUAUCACCAGAGAAGUCAUUGUUGAAUGUGCUGGAGAAAAUCCAGAAGCAGUUGGACCAGCAGGAGUUGUCAGUGCGCAAGGGUGAGAAUGUCUCUGAUGUGGAGGUCCUAAGGCGGGCAUCAGGGGGACUGGCCCUGCAGGGCAUUUACAGAACCAGCAGCCUUGCGGAUGCACUGGAAAAGCGAGAUCAGCUCAUCCGCAUUCCUGAUGGAUUCAAACUCGCUGGUCCAGAGCAAGGGUCGCUGCUUGAGAAGAAGGAGUUCUUCUCCUCUGCAGCAGAAGCCACUUUCACCAAGUCCAUGGAGCAGCUGGGGUUCAGCAUCAGCGUUUCUGCCAAAGUUGGGUUUUGGGGGUUUCAUGGUGAAGCUGGUGUGGAUUACAGGAGCUCCACGCAGUCGGAAGAUACCUGCCAGUCCCACUUUGAGCACAGCUACAUUUGCACCACCAAGUACCAGUACAUCCCUCUGGCCUCCUGCUACUUCCAAAAGCAUCAGCUUCUCCUCUCAGAUGCAGCUCUGCGGGAGCUGCAAGACAUCGAGCAUGUCUUGAGCAUCACUCAGGAAGCGGACAGACCCAACAUGCUGAAAAGCAGGUGCGCGAGCUUCUUCCGCAGGUUUGGGUCCCAUGUAAACCAGGGUCCCCUCCACUUUGGGGGGAUAUUCUGGUGGAAAGCGUCCAUGGAAGGGUUCAGAGCUGAGCAGCGGGAAGAGAUGAAACGGCAAACAUCUGAAGCUCUGAACAGCUACAUCGGGGCCAGCUUCAGCCACUUCGGUAUCAACACAACAGUGGAUUUUUCAAAAUCCAGCUCACAGGCUUCUUUUCAGGGAAAAGAUGAAAGGAGCGCCCAAACAGAGGCUCAGGUCUACGUGACCAACACAGGGGGGCCCUCAGAGACUGAUUUUCUUCCUCAGUGGAAAUCAGGACUUGUAACUAAUAACACAACCUGGUGUGUUAUUGACCGAGGCUUUCAGCUGAUCCCCGUGUGGGAUAUAAUCCUGUUCAAUCACAGCGGCGACUUUAAGUCCGUCUAUCAAAUGAGCAGCUGCCUCAGGACUGAGUAUGAGGUGCUAACGAAUCACAGCAUUAGCUUCAUGUUUGGGGAGGAACUGGUGAGUGCAGUGGAAGAGGCCAGAGCUUUCAUGGAGUGUGUGAAGUCCUGGGAGGUGACGGUGGAUGAAAGGAAACUGCUUGCACUGAUAGAUUUCAAACAGAACCUGAAUGAAAAAACCAAAAACCAUAGUGUCUGGAUCAAUGUAUGCCUGUCAGACAAAGCACUGCAGGAGUUCCUGGUGAAUACUGCUCAGUUUUUCAAGGAGACACCUCCAGAAAACAUCAUCUAUAUCAAGUCUCUGUUGAGGUGCCUCCUGGAGCCUCAUGUGUAUUCUGUCAAGGACUUCCCCAGGUCUUCCUUCAUUAUGCAAUGGAUCUUUCAGACCGAGGACACACUUCCUGAAACUCCCAGUGUUUCUGAGCUUAAAGAUCUCCUCAAGACACUGCAGCAAAUGAAGGAGCACAUCCAGGAAGUCACCUAUGCACCAGAAACCUCUGCAUCUGCCAUUCAUGAAGCAAAGAUAAAAGCCACCUUGACUGCAAGCCUAGCUGUUUACUCCUUACUUCAGUUUCUCCAGGAAAGGGCACAGAAAGAUAUAGAACUGCUGGUGCUCUUAAUUACAACCAGCAUGGGAUACCAGGUGGAAAGGAACACAUUUCAGUACCUCCUUGGGUGUCCAGAAAUUAACUUAAUGAUAAAUGAAAUUGAAAUGGGACAUAAGGAUUAUCUGGAUCUGAAGGAGCAAGAUGAUUACAGAGCCCAAGCUUUUCUGCUGCUGACAGGUCUCACAGUAACACCUGAACAUAAGGAGAUGUCCUUUGAGAAGAAGAAUGAGCGUUUAGUUUUCAUGGAAGAUCAAAUGAAAAACUUAUGGUCCGCAGAGAUAAAAACUCUCCUCAAAAAACACAGCGGAUUCAAAGACUGGGAGACGCUGGAAAGCGACUUGCGUUCCUUCAUCAGUGGGCGCUUGGAUGAGACAUGUGAUGAAAUGAAGAAACACAGUAUAAUCAAAGACAUGGAAGACACUUUUCAAAGGAUAGAGCCUUCCAGCCAGUCCGAAUCCAAAUCAGAAUGCAGCGAAUCCACAGCGAAUCAAGCCAAUGCAAACCAAGAGUUCCUCCACUUGCUUAAGCGCCUUGGACUAGAAAAUCACUAUCCAAGAAAAAUGAGGACAGAAGAUUUCCACAUCAUACACAUGUCUUUACAUGACAGCCAGCCCAGCAAGGACAGUGAACUACCAUUUUACUUCUUGCAAAAGCUAUUAACUGUGGAUUAUCGGGUGAGGUACCUGACUUGCAAGGAUGAGAGCAACCCAGGACUCGGCUCCGUGCCAAAACCCACAGAGCAAGAGCACGAAGCCUUGGAUUCCUUUGAUGAUUUUUUCACUGAUUUAGAGGAAGAAGCGCCUGAAUCUGCCACCAGGGACAGUCGUGUGCACCCCAUGGACCUCCAGAUGGCAAUUUUUCAUUGCGCUGAUGACUUCAUGAGACAGUACAUUUCAACAAAGCUUGCUUUCUGCCAAUUUGCACUACCUCUCCUGGUACCAAACCCAUGCACUUCACAGAUAGAAUUCCCCCUCUGGUCCCUCAGCCAAAUCAAAAGGAGCUGGAAAGGGGCUGAGAAGUCAGGAAGAAUUAACAGUUACAAAAACAAACUCAUUUAUCAGGCAGAGACACCCAUCGUGUCCUUCAUACGAAUUGGCCGUUCUCCCUCCUCUUCCAAGUCACAGAUCCUGAAUGCUCUGUUGAGCAAACAAAAGCAUGACACUUUUUUCCACCGACAUUGCAAAGGCAGCACCAAAGACUGUUUGCUGAUGAAAGGAGUUGUGGAGAUCUACUGGUACUGUCCCCGUGGCAGUGAUGAUGACAGCUUUGACUGCUGUGUUGCUUUCUGCAACCUGCAUGGAGAUGCCAGGGAUCACGAGGCACAACUACAGUUCUUACACGAGAUAUCUGCUGUGAACGUGGCUUUCAUAUCCGAGUCUGAUCAGAGUGACAAGAAAGGAAUGAAGAUUUUACGUGACCUGUGGCAGUCACAAAAGCCUUUGAUUUGUCUUUUCACUGAAAAAGAGAAUGUUGCAGCUGGCCGAUCGAGCCAAAACAUAAGAAUAGGUAUCAAGAACAAGAAUGAAGCAGAAUUAAUGGGUGAGCUGACAAAAACUAUCAGAGAUCUUCUGGAAGGGUCUAACACGCUUUUCAGCCUGGAUGCCUGCCUGGACAGAGCUCACAAGCAUGGAUUCUUAGUUGAUGAAGAUACAGACGCAUGUGUGACAGCCAAAGAAAAGGCAAAAGCGCUGGUGAUGCUUCUAAAGAGAAAGAAAUUGUUUGAGAUCAAAUCCCAGCUACUGCCUCUUCAAGGAAAACUGUGGUACAAGUGGUGCAAAAAGGACAAAGAACUCACUCGCUUGCAGGAAAAGAGGAACAAGAGCAUAGAGCAUCAUCGGAGCCAAAUUGAAUCAGAGAAGGUAGCAAUAAGAAGAAAGCAACUAGAGAAAGCAUUCCCCCUCAAUAAGCUGAUGAAAUCAGUCCUUACCUUUCUCCAGUCACAGCCAGCAGAUACCAAGAAAUACUUCCUGCAGUGGAUGAAGGUCUUCAUGGAUGACCUGUCCUCCGAUCGCCUUGACGAACUGAAGAGAAAAUAUCACGAGCUGUGGUCUAAAAUCCUGGCAAUGAAGCAAAGCAAUGAGAAAAAGAAUCUGAAACCUCUGCUGCUGAGUGAGUUAGAUGCCCUCUCCAAUGAAAUCAAUGAUUCAUCCAUUGGCCUUGAGCAUAUUUUGAGAGAGGUAGGGCAGAUUUACGAAGCUCUGCAAUCAAUGAAUUCAGAAGAUAAAUGUUUUGUCAGACUACCUGAAAUUGCAGCUGAUCUGAUGAUUUCAGGGUAUCCCCUCGAGCUGAUGGAUGGCGAUGCUUCUUAUGUGCCAUUACACUGGGUCGGAGCAAUCUUUGACAGAUUAAUUGAGAAGCUAGGGAAUAAACGAGUAUUUGUUCUUUCAGUGCUUGGCAUCCAGAGCACAGGGAAGUCGACCCUGUUGAAUGCCAUGUUUGGUCUUCAGUUUAAUGUCAGCGCAGGCCGGUGCACCCGGGGUGCCUUCAUGCAGCUAAUUAAAGUGGAUGAGAAGCUGCAACAAGACUUGGACUUUGAUUACAUGCUGGUUGUUGACACAGAGGGACUUCGUGCCAUGGAGUUGGCCAAUAAACAGUCCCUUAAUCAUGACAACGAGCUAGCCACCUUUGUCAUUGGCAUCGGCAACAUGACUUUGAUCAAUAUCUUUGGAGAGAAUCCUUCAGAAAUGCAAGACGUCCUUCAGAUUGCUGUGCAGGCUUUUUUGAGGAUGAAGCAAGUAAAGCUUUCUCCAAGCUGCCUCUUUGUGCAUCAAAAUGUGGGAGAAAUAACUGCCAAGGAACAGAACAUGGAAGGACAAAGACGUCUGCAGGAAAAACUGGAUGACAUGACCGUGACGGCUGCCCAGCAGGAGUUCUGUGAUGUCUCCUGCUUCAGUGACGUCAUCCACUUUGAUGUGAACACCCACAUUCAUUACUUUGCUCACCUGUGGGAAGGAAACCCCCCAAUGGCACCACCCAAUCCCACCUACAGCCAGAAUGUCCAGGAAUUAAAGUGCAAAAUCCUCCAAGCUGCCAAGAAGUCACAGGGCAGCAUUUUGAGGUUCUCGGGCUUGAAUGCUCGCAUUCGCGACCUCUGGAAUGCUUUGCUGAAUGAAAACUUCGUUUUCAGCUUCAAGAAUUCAGUGGAGAUUGCUGCCUACAAGCAACUGGAAACUGCAUUCAGUCAGUGGACCUGGCAGCUGAGGAGUCACAUUUUAGACUUGCAAAUGAAAGUGGAGAAUAAAGUUCGGAAUGGGGACUUGCAGAGAGUCACUAUAGAAUACCUUGAAAAUCAAGUGCAAGGGACAAAUGAUGCCAUUAUGAAAGACAUGGAAAAGUAUUUCAGUGAAGACAAGGACUGUGAGAUACUGAUCCAGUGGCGAAACAGCACAGAAAUGAAGCUGAAAGAUCUAAAAGAAUCUCUUCUUAAAGAAACUGAAAAGAAGUGUCAGAAUCUCAUUGAACUGAAGAAGAACCAGUGUAAGCUGGAUGAAAGGAAGUCAGAAUAUGAAAACAAGCUCUUGAAAAGGAGUAGGCAGUUGGCUCUCACUCUAAAAGGCCAGAGCCUAAGUGAAAGGGAACUCAAAGCCCACUUCAUGUCUCUCUGGGCACACUGGGUCACUGAAGUCUCCUCUGCUGCUCCCCCUUUGGAACAGGCUAACAUUGAUGUGGAAAUAGAAGAUGUUCUUCUAGACCGCUUUAAGGAGCCUAAUUUACAUACACGGAUCAGGACAUUUCCCAGGAGCAGAGUAUUUUCUGUUAAUUUGGAGAAACAUAUCGCUAAGAAAAGAAGUUGGGCCCUCUUCUCUAAGAGUGUUGAUGAUGUUGAUGUGAACAAUAUACAUUGCAUUACAGACAACAUCAUAGAGCGUGUGAAGGCAAACAUUGACAAGAAGGAAACAGAGAAAAGGGAUUACAGUCGAAGUUUUAUUCAUGAAAUACUAAAUGAAGUAGAGAAAGGUAUGAACUCUGUCCCUAGCAAUGCAAAAUAUAGUUUUAAUAAAGAUUACAGAAUAGAUUUAUCACUGUUUCUGUGCAAAAUGGCAUCAGAGAGGUUUAAAGCCAUGCAGGCAGCAUUCAGAAAAGCAAACGAUCCAGCUGUCUACCUGGAGAGCAAGAGAGAAGAUUUCUUUAAAUGCUUCCAGAUUUCCUGCCAAGGAGCUACUUCUAUCACCACGUUUGCUAGUUUCCUGUGUGACAAGAUUGCCCCAGCUCUUCACCAGGCAGUCUACGAGAGGACGGCUCUUGCCAUAGCUCAAGAUAUGAAGGUUAAAAUCCCUGAUUUCACUGGCAAUAGAUCCUCUCUGGAAGUCUGCAUACUGAGAUACCUGGCAGAAGAGGAAAACUUUGAGAAAUUCAAUGAGUACCUUAGUUCUCCAGAACGCUUUUUACAGAACUACAUUAAGAUGCGCGUGGAGAUGUACUGUUUAGAUCGCAACAGGAGAUUGGAGAAGUUUUUAGAUGACUCCCUUAUUCACUACUAUGAGAACAUCCAGUCCGCUGUUUUCACAUCAACCAACAUCAUCAAAGACAGAAAAGACAGAAAUGAUAAAAUCUCUCUUUGGCUGGAUGAAUUUUGCAACACGCUUAAAGAGGUGCUAAGCUUGCCCAGGAGUGACCUGAAGGGCAUUGAGCAUCAGGAGAUAACAGACAUAGAGUUCCUAAAUAAUGCCAUGACAGAAGCACUGGCUCCUCUGAAGAAUCAGCUCAAGGGCAAGUUUGCUGAUGCUGAUAUGAGCUCUUUUGAAACGCAGCCUCACACAAUCCUGGCUGAGCAGUUUGCAGGGUGCUGGGAGCAGUGUCCCUUUUGUGGGGCUGUUUGCACAAACACUAUGUCAAAACACGAUGGGCAGCAUCAGCUUGUCUUCCAUCGUCCACAAGUCUUGACAGGGUACAAGUGGUAUAAAACAGAUAAUCUGGUCAUUGAUAUUUGUUCCAGCAGUGUUGCAAGUGACUGUCUCUUCAGAAUUGGUGAAGACAAGUGGAUCCCCUACAAGAGAUACUGGGAAGCAGGACCUCCUUAUUCCACUUGGAACAUUCCUGCAGAUCCAUCCACACAGGCGUACUGGAAAUGGUUUGUGUCUCAUUUCAGGACAGAGCUAGAAAAAAGGUACAAUGGGAAAUUUCAUGGCAAAGGAGAGAUCCCUGCUUUGUGGCAUGAAAUGACAAAGCAGGAAGCACUUAAAGAACUGGAGAAGCCAGGUAUGGCCAAGUUGAUAUGAAGGAAGAAACACAACUGCUUUGCAUUUUAGAAGAACAUAGUACAAGUCCACUCACAAAAUAUUGUUACAAUGACUACAACCUUAACCCACAUGAAGAAAACAGUAUCUAACCGUUCACAAAGUCGGGUGGAACACAGCGUGCUACUCCUGCCACAGCUCAGAAAUUCCUUUGCUUCAUGAUAAAGUCAGAAUCCUCUUCCGUUCUUGUCAUAAACAUUUACCUUCACUUUGUCUCAGUGCAAAAAACACCUCUGCAGUGAGCAGUCGUGGCCAAGAUCAGGACCAAGUGCCAGAUGAAGAGCAAAAGCACCAUCAGAAGUACCAAUUUUAUCAGCCGCUAUGAGAAAAUAAGUGACAAAACUGGCAAAACCACGUUUUCUUGUAGCAAGUACUUGCACUUACAGUACUUAAAGUACUACAAGUACUUAAAGAAAGGGCUGCAGGAUCUAAGAGCAGCUCAGUGUUGGCUGGAAGCUGUGGGUUUUGCUUUUUGUGUUGAUUGUUCCUUUAUUGAUGAGAGGAAAUAGCCUCAAGUUGUGCCAGGGAGGUUCAGAUUAGAUAUUGGGAAAAAUUCCUUCACUGAAAGGGUUGUCAAGCACUGGCAGAGGCUGCCCAGGGCAGUGGUAGAGUCACCAUCCCUGGAGGGAUUUAAAAGAGGGGUGGAUGAGGUGCUUAGGGAUGUGGUUUAGAAGCGGACAGGUAUGGUUGGACUCAAUGAUCUCAAAGGUCUUUUCCAGCCAGACGAUUCUAUGACUCUGUAUGUUAAGGUGAGCUAUCCUUAUGCAAGCGCCUGGACCUGGUGAACUUCUUCUCAGCCCUAAUAGCAAUUUGCCAUUUGCUUAGCUGUUGAGCAAAAGCCUUUGCAUGACCACUGUGGAGAAUUUCGUAUUGUUGCAGCUUCCUCAGCAGCCGUUGGCAGUGUGUGACAUUAGUGUUUGUGCUGUCCAGACAGGCAGGUAGCAACAGGCUGAUGAUCUGGAGAAGAUGUAGCCAGCUGGGACUGCACGAGGGACGUGGUUGGUGGUCGCUGCUGUGCAGCUCCUGCAAUGCCGCUGGAAAACCAAGGACUGUGCCCUCCUGGAGAGUUGGCCAAAGUGGUAAUUCAGUGUAGCCCUUUAUAGACUUUGCUAAUAAACUAACCAA